AUGGCGGUGUCGCUGACCAAGUGCUCGACCACGAUGACCUUUUGCACCAAAGCCCUCGGCGUCGACUUUGACUUUCAGCAGCAGUUGGAAUCCCUGUACAGCACGUACAAGGACUCGGAAGCGCCUGCCGCAGAGCUUCUCCACGCGAUGAUCAAGUUCACACGAGAAGCCGUGAGCGCGCACACGGAUGCGACAACGGCCGUUGCCAAUUGGUGCUACCUUGCCGAGCCCUUGCUCUCAAUGUACAUCGAGCAAGUGCAAGUCAACAAUACGGCUGCGGCCAACAAGUGCCUCAAGACCGUCCUUGAAAAAGGCGAGACCGUUUUGACUGAAGCCACCGCCAAGCUCCAACAAAGCCAACUCGCUCUCAACAAAAUUUCCGGUGUCACGACCACCCUCGAUCCUCAAGUCCGACAUGACUUUGACGUCGCGCGCGCCAACUACGCUAGCGAGUACAACUACGCGGUACAGAUUAGUGCCUUUGAGAGCUUUUGGCGCGGUCUUGUCAACAUCAUCGUGUCCGGUGUCGCCGAAACGAAAACAACGAUCGAGAAAAAACGCGCCCUCAGCAACCAAGUGCUGGACGCGCAAAUGGCCAUCGCAGAGAAACAAGUUAUCUGCGCUAAAGACGCUGUGAGCAGCGCAGAGAUCCUUCUGACAAAGGCACGUACCAAGCACACGAAGGACCUGGCAACUGUAGGCUUUAUCCAAUCGAAGCGCGGAACUGCCAGGACGUUUAUUGACCUGCCAUGUUCGUACACUACGAUCAAGAAUGCAACCGAGCUGAAGAACAAGUGCUGCGAGUACCUCGCGGCCUACGAAAAGUACCUCUCACUUCAAUAAUGUUGACAUCAAAGCUUCGAUAUAUCGUCCCGAA